UUUUUGAUUACACAAAAGUGCAGAAAAGCAAGUGUGAGGAUUUGUUGUAAAUAUUCGUAAUGGUUUUAAGAAAAUAAACAUAAUAACUGCUAUGUUACAUUAUUAUAAGUGAAUUUUUGAUUUGGUUGCGCGUACACAAAUGGAGAGCGGUGACAGAAUUCUAGUGGCCGCAGGUCUAACAGCGGCAGUUGUAGUCGGAGCUUUCGUUCUGUGGGGUCCUGGAGGUGCACCACGCGUAAGGAAACGACGCGGGCAAAUAGCAGGACUUCAAAACCUUGGCCGAACAUGUUUUCUUAAUACGCUCUUACAAGCACUAGCGGCAUGCCCUAUAUUCAUAGAAUGGCUUAGAAAGUACGCGAAAGCCGAUGCACACAACAGUAUGAUAACAACGCUUUAUACAGUUAUUGAAGUGGUGAAUGGUACACAUGAAUCAGCGCGAGGCACGCCGGUGUGCCCGCUGGGCGUGCUGCAGUCGUUGCGUGCGGCCGGGUGGGUGAUCCCUGCGGACCAACAGGAUGCUCAUGAAUUACUGCAUGUUCUCUUGUCAUGUAUUGAGGAAGAAACUACAGCUAUGGCAAGGAAGCCAGGUUGUCUCUCAGAUGCUCUAGGGCUAGGUGCAGGUGGGCGGGCUUGGUCUGCGCUGGCGUCGCCGGCCUCCCCACCUGCAGCGCCGCUGUCACUGCGCCCUGCUUCUGCUGCGCCACCUGAUGAACCUGAUCUUGCAGACCCAGAGCCUACACCAGAACCCGCAAAACUGUCCCGGGGUGUGUCGCGCUCAUUGUGUCAACUUGGUACGGCAUCGCGUCGCUGGGCGGCGGCACCGGCACGUCCCGCCCCAGCACCGCCCACACGCGGCACGCUGGCUUCUCGCCUGCAGUGCACAGUCUGCUCAACAAAGAGCCCGGUGCGGUACGACAAGUUUGACAGCAUCUCGCUGUCGAUGGCCAACGCGAGCACCGGCCGCACCGGCGCCUUCAGCCUGCCCGGUCUGCUGCGAGCCUUUACCGCGCCCGAGAUGGUGAAGGGCGUGCGCUGCAACAAAUGCGCGCCGGAGGACGGCGGCAUGCAGACCAAACACAUACGCACCGUCAGCUUCGGCAAGUUGCCGUGUUGCCUGUGCCUGCACGUGGCGCGCGUCGAGUGGUCGGGCGGCGGGCUCAGCAAGCGCGGCGAGUUCGUCGCCUUCCCCGAGACCCUCAACAUGGCGCCCUACGCCGCGCGCCAGCAGCCGCAGAGCGAGCUGGCGGCGCUGCUGGGCGGGGCAGGUGGCGGCGCAGAGGGCGGGGCGGCGGAAGGGGCGGAGCGCGCGGCGUACCGGCUGGCGGCAGUCGUGGUGCACGUGGGCGGUCCGCGCUCGGGACAUUUCGCCACGUACCGUCGCGGAAAUGGCUUCGAGAGCAAGAGAUGGUGGUACACAUCGGAUACUUUGGUGCACGAGGUGGCGCUGCAGGAGGUGCUGCGCUGCUCCGCCUACAUGCUGUUCUACGAGCGUGCGCGCAACGAGCCCCGCCCACAACACUUUUAGGCUCCGCCUCCUCCCCCGCCCCGGUAACACGCGCUAGUGCUAUGUGUUCGACACAUUCACCACAAGAAGACCUAAAUAUAGAUUAAAGAGUUGGAAUACCAGGGUGUCAGAGAUAAAUGAAGAAUACAGCGAGAAGACACUACAUGACUUUUGCUGACUUUACAAUAUAAAAAUUAUCAAUCGUUUUAAUAAUGUGAAUUUCUUCAACUUUAAUAUUAAAAUAACUAUUUGUAAGUCUAUUGAACAAUGAAAUGUUGCUACUUCUGCUCCG